AUGAGAACUGUUUGGUCUACCAAGCAUCGCAAGUAUAUCAUGUGGGCCUCAUCGACGGAAAUCGAAGCCAGUUUACUUAAAUCUACACCGAAGAAGAUCCAGGACGCGGUGUUUCGCCUCAAGUGUAUUCUUCUGGCCUCUUCGAUGAGGAUUAGCGAGCUGCGUUGGACGGUCGUCGACGAGGUUCAUGUGAUCGGCUACUUGAAGGGCUUCGUUAUGUCCAAGUAA